AUGUCUGGAAAGGGAAAAGUACAUGGAGGAAAAGGUAAAUCAUCAGAGAUUGCCAAAUCUUCGACAUCGCAUUCGGCAAGGGCUGGUUUACAAUUUCCAGUGGGAAGAGUUAAGAGAUAUUUGAAAAAACAAGCACAGAACAAAAUCAGAGUGGGUUCAAAAGCUGCUAUUUACUUGACUGCAGUCUUGGAGUAUUUGACUGCCGAAGUGUUGGAAUUGGCAGGUAAUGCGGCCAAGGAUUUGAAAGUCAAGAGAAUUACGCCUAGACAUUUGCAAUUGGCCAUUAGAGGAGACGAGGAAUUGGAUAACUUGAUCAAGGCCACAAUUGCAUAUGGUGGUGUUUUGCCACAUAUCAACAAAGCGCUCUUGUUGAAAGUGGAGAAGAAAAAGAGCCACAAGUAA